CUCCUUCUAAACAACACGAGACUUCUCUGCCUGUAAGCAACACACAUGCCAUCUAGCUCACAGUAUGCAUAUAUAAGUCUCUACGUCGCACGCGCGCUCUCGAGCGAGCGAGCGCUCACGGAGAAGAGGAUGGCAUGCAAGCGGCAAUGUGUGCCGACGCUGGUGCUUGUGGUGUGGUUGGCCGUGUCGGCGGCGCAACAGGAAUGCAACGCGCAGACGAGGGGGAGUGGGAAGGAUAAUCUGACCAGAGGGAGCUUCCCCAAGGGCUUCGUCUUCGGCACCGCAGCAUCCGCCUACCAGUACGAGGGGGCCGUCAAUGUGGAUGGAAGAGGCCCUACAAUUUGGGACAAAUUCGCACACACGUUUGGGAAGAUCCUUGACUUCAGCAAUGCCGAUGUUGCUGUUGACCACUACCACCGUUUUGAGGAGGACAUUCAGCUCAUGGCAGAUAUGGGAUUGGAUGCCUACAGAUUCUCAAUUGCAUGGUCUCGGAUUCUCCCAAAUGGCACCGGUGAGGUCAACCAGGCAGGCAUUGUCCACUACAACAAGGUCAUUGAUGCACUCCUGGCAAAAGAGAUUGAGCCGUAUGUUACCCUCUACCACUGGGACCUUCCCCUGGCCCUGGAAGACAAGUACAAUGGGUUGCUUGACAGGCAGAUAAUCAACGACUACGCGGCGUAUGCGGAGACGUGUUUCAAGGCGUUUGGGGACAGGGUGAAGCGCUGGAUCACCUUCAACGAGCCACACACGGUGGCGGUGCAGGGCUACGACAGCGGGAUCCACGCGCCGGGCCGCUGCUCCGUGCUCCGCCACCUCUGCUGCAAACAAGGGAGCUCCGGCACCGAGCCCUACAUUGUCGCUCACAACAUCAUCCUCGCUCACGCCACGGUUUCAGACAUCUAUAGGAAGAAGUACAAGGCAGAGCAGAAUGGAGAGGUGGGGAUGUCGUUGGAUGUGAUAUGGUACGAGCCUGUCUCAAACUCCACAGCUAAUGUUGAGGCCGCGAAGAGAGCACAAGAGUUCCAGCUAGGAUGGUUUGCCGACCCCUUCUUCUUCGGCGAUUACCCGGCGACAAUGAGAUCGAGGGUUGGAGAAAGGCUGCCGAGGUUCAUGACCAAAGAGGCCCAUCUGGUGAAGGGGUCGCUGGACUUCGUGGGGAUCAAUCACUACACCACAUUCUACACUAAGGAAGACCAUUCCACUGUCAUCAAAUACUUGCUGAAUGAUACCUUGGCAGACAGCGGAUCCGUCAGCCUCCCCUUCAGAAAUGGGAAGGCAAUUGGAGAUAAGGCCAAUUCAAUAUGGUUGUACAUUGUGCCUGGCAGCAUGAGGAGGCUCAUGAACUAUGUCAAAGAUAGAUACAACACUCCAACUGUCUACAUCACUGAAAAUGGGAUGGAUGACAGCAACAGCCCCUUCAUCUCCCUCAAGAAGGCCCUCAAGGACUCAAAAAGGAUCAACUACCACAAUGACUACCUCACAAAUCUAGCUGAUUCUAUAAGGGAGGACGGUUGCGAUGUUCGCGGGUAUUUUGUGUGGUCUCUUCUCGACAAUUGGGAGUGGACUGCUGGAUACACCUCGAGAUUCGGGUUGUACUUCGUGGACUACAAGGAUAACCUCAAGAGAUACCCCAAGAACUCAGUCCAGUGGUUCAAGAAUUUGUUGGCAUCUUCCUGAUCAAAAUUUGAUAGCUAAUGUAGAGGUCAUGAUUACAGACACACUUCAAUACUUUUCUAUGACUUGUACAGAGGGUUCAAUAGCAAUUUGUGACUUCUCAUGUAUACAUUAAUUGUAUAUAGUGAGAAUCGACUUUUUAGACA